AUGUCCGCCAUGGACGUGCAGGCAGAAACCGUGCAAUUCCUUGUCCGCUUGUCUGAAGUACUCUCGGUCGACCAUUUAUGCCGAUUUCGGGAUCUUCUCGAUGCCAAAAUCACCAUCUUGAAGGCCAGUCAAGGCGAACACGCCGCCUCGGACGCCCGCGGUGAGGCCUCGUCUUCGUCGAAUCCACCUCCUGCUCCGGCGGAGGCUCUUCCUCCAUGUGCGCCGACGACAUCAGCAGCACCAGCUCCAGCUCCAGCUCCUGCGCCUACACCACCACCACCACCACCACCAGCUCUAGCUCCAGCAGCAGCACCACCACCACCACCAGCUCUAGCUCAACCACCACCACCAGCUCCAGCAGCUCCAGCUUCAGUACCACCACCACCAGCUCCAGCUUCAGUACCACCACCACCAGCUCCAGCUUCAGUACCACCACCACCAGCUCCGCCUCCAGUACCAGCUCCAACACCACGACGACGACCACCACGACGACCACCAGCUCCAGCUCCAGUACCAGCUUCAGUACCACCACCACCACCACCACCAGCUCCAGCUCCAGCUCCAGAACUAGCUCUAGUACUAGCUCUAGUACUAGCUCUAGCAGCUCGAGAGGCUGAAGGAUGUGGGCAGAGGGAUGUCGAAUCUCAGCCUGACGGUCCGUCUAUACUCUCACAGGAUGGAGACGUCGAGAUGGCAGCGGAUUGUGGCCCUGUUCAACCGAGGACAGAACCUCCGUGUGUCCCUACAUCGCCACUCGAGAGGUCUCCAGCACCUCUCGCAACUGACCCUGCCUUGCCGUUGUCGGAUAGCUAUCCGACACCUCCCGCGACAGGACCUACCUUGCCCCUGUUGGAUAGACGUCCAACACCAUCCGCAACUGCAGCUGGCUUGCCGCUUGAGAGCUCUCCGACACCUCUCGCAACUGCAGCUGGCUUACCACUUGAGAGAUCUCCGACGCCCUCUACAAUUAUACUUGGCUCACCACGUGAGAGCUCUCCAACAGCUCCCGCAGCUACAGAUGGCUUACCACUUGAAAGCUCUGAAGCACCUCCCGCAACUACAGAUGGCUUACCACUUGAAAGCUCUCCAACAGCUCCCGCAAUCGGACCUGCCUUGUCGCCCUCUCCUCUGCCCGCGGCCGACUCUAGCGAGAGCAGUGGCCGCCCCAGGGGCACUGGCACUACCAAUGGGCCUUCUCCAGUUCCCCAAAGAGCAGAUUCCCCAAGCCUGAAGCGUCAUGCAUGCGAUUCCUCUCGGCCGCCAGCGAAGAGAGCCAGAACAGCACCCCUCCAGGAUUCUGCCCCGGAAGGUAUCCCUGCAGAGUCCUUGGCCGCUGCUAUCUUCAGCAAGCCGGCAAUCGAACAAUUCCUAGGCCUGGUCAGAAGCCGAAGGAACCCAUGUUCUGAUUUGGUCAUUGGGGAUCCUGAUGAUCCUACCGGGCAGAUUUCGAGGUGUCUCACAGGAAUUGACAACGCCAAAUGUGACAAAAACCUCAAGCAAUUCUUGACGCGACUCUAUGAGCUGUAUCUCUCCAGAGCGGUUGCCAACCUCUUGAGCGGUCGACUUCGAUUGGACCCGAAUGUUAUCGGACGGAUUUGGGAAACUCUUGGAUGGUCUUACUCCAAAUACCGUCGGCAUCUUAACAGUGGCAAGCACUGGGAAGAAAUCUGCGGGAAGUACGAUGGCCUUCUGUGCUUCAUUCCACUCGCUAGGGCGAGCAGCCGACAGAACCAAGGACUGACAGACGACGAAUUUGCAAUCUUCGAUUCCCAACACUAUUCAAAGAUGAGUGAGGACGAUAUCAAAAUCUUCCACGCACAGCUUGAUCAAGAGGCCAUGACAGCCUUGAUCUGUCGCGCGGGAAAAGCAUUCCAGGAGUCUCUCGACAGUGACAAGAUGGACGUUGAGUUCUGCUUUGAGGGUCGACCGUUUCCGCCAUACACCAAGGUCACCAUGGAUGUGCUCGAGCGACUACAGCCAUUUCCAUCUCUCGAGGAAAACCACUACGAUGCAUCUGAAUACCCCGACUGGGAGAGGCCGCUUGGAUGGCCCGAAGAGCUGCCCUGGCCAACCAACCCCAUGUCACUCGAUCCCGACGGUGUCCAAUGUGACCUCUGUACGGAACGCGAUUGUCGUUGCAUCGAAUCCAUCCAAGGAUCCACAGCCCGGAUCAAGUCCUACGCGGGUAAAGGACGUGGUCUCCAAGCGAAUGGGCCCAAUGGACAAUUGGCGUACCGAGAGGGGGCCCUACUCGGUCAGCUCACCGGCGAAAUCCAACCAGAGGGUACUCCACCACCAGGAGACUACAUUUUCAUCCUUGUGAGAGGUGACAUCACCGACACUGAAGAUCCAGAACCGACCGUCGGCCAGCUCAAUAGCGCCAGGAUGGGGGGCGUUUUCAGGCUGGUCAGCCACUCCUGCAAGCCUUGUACUCGCUUUCGCCAGAUGCGCGUCUCUGGCCUGAUGAGGGUCGUUAUUGAAGCCACCAGAGAUAUCCGCGCCGGGGAGGAGAUUACUGCGAGCUACGGGAGUAGCUACUUUCCAAAGGGACAAUGUCGCUGCGAAGAAUGCCAGACACCGCUUCUCCCCUGGCAAGCCCAAGGCUCUCGUCAACAGCUGGGCAGCCUUUUGAACCCUGCGGCUGAGAUUCUCGAUGCCUUUGCCAAAAGUCUGGUGGGCUGGGACAAGACUGACCUGAAGAGGGCGAUCCUUCAACGAUCGUGGUCGGUCCUGGGCCAUGUUUCUCCAGAUUGCGCCCAAAUCUGGCGAGCGGCGAACAUUGGCCUGCCCCAGUUUGUGAGGCCGGCUCAAUGCUGGGGUGCGUCUCCAAAUCUGGACAAACUCUGGCAGCAAAUACGGACAGUGGUCAAGUCGAGACCGGAGAAGUACUCGGGGUAUGAUGGCUCAUUCAGCGGCGACGACCAUUCACUCGCCACCUUUUUCACAAUGACGAACCCGGAUAUCUCCAAACCGCAAAGCUUCCUCCACAACAUCCCCGUCGAAUUGGCUCCGGGGCAGCGUAUGAAAGUCCCCAAGGAGCUAUUCACGAAAUACAGACCGAUCGCAGCGGAUCAUCCGAUGGCCUGUAAUGUCACUCCGACCGGCAGCGUCUUCAGCCCUCACCUCGACACCAAUCGAGACGGGCUCAUCGCGGUAUUCGGAAACUGCACCAAGUUGAUCGCCUGUUGGCCCGCCAGCGCCGAAAAUAUCGAGUUUCUCCUCAAGACCGAGAAGAUGAAGCCUUGGGAAGCCUUUAGAUACCUGGUGACGAAACUCUCGGGUGGAAUUCUUUUGCGUCUCACGAUGGAGAACGCUCUGUUAAUGCUCGCGGGCACGAUUCACGGGACAAUCACCAUCGAGGGUGGCGUCUUGAUCGGCAUCAACACGAAUUCGGUUGGGAGCCUCGUCGGAGCCAUGGUCAGCGUCACGUACGAACUGCGGAACAACCUGUUGCCCGACGAGGACAUACCUGGGCUUCUCGAACCUUUUGUCCCCCUCCUGGACGACAAGGCGUUGAAACGGUUGCAGAACGACCGGAGACACGUGGAACAGGAACUCUUGCGUGAAUGGCCGGCCGCGUUUGAUGCUUUGCUGUCGAGGCUCUCCCGCGUGCAGGAUCCAGAGGUCUUGGAAGAAAUCGUGGGAAAAGUCAAAUCGACGUUCAAGCUUCUGAAAUUCAGGUUGGCGAACAUGGCUCGGGACAACGAUUUGCCGACAGGAACUUGUUGUGGAGUGGUCAACGAUGCGACACAUUUCAUCUCUGUCCACCUCGAUGAAAAGAGAUUCCCCGGCGGCGACGGCGAAUGA